AUGGCGACCCCGUCAGCCAAACCUGGCGCUACGCCAACUCAUCUCACUCCUUCGCCGCACCCAACCUCUGCACCUCUCUCUCGAUCCAUCGCCCAUAAAUCCCCUUCUACAAGGACUCCGACAGCUUCGGGACCUGGACAUACACACCAAAUCAGUGUUUCCUCAUCCCAUCAGUACGCCACACCCCUCGUUGUAUCGAACGCAGUAGAGGAUCCCGUCAAUUUCAGCUCUCCCUCCGCAUUGCUUGCGCUUGGCGGUUACACUGGAAUCAGCCCUUCGCCCGCAGUCCACGACGCUCUUGUUGGCCACGGCAUACACGAUAACGACAUUCAAAAUUUAGGCAUGCAAGGACUCAAGCUUGGAGUGGGUCGUGACAAUGAUGAAGAACAGAGACACCGGAUUGAAGAAGUGGUGAUGUGUCUCCAUGCGCGAGUCGCAGGACGGGGUGUGUCUCGGGAGGGAGUUGAACGACUGAGCCGGUUGGAAGGAUUCGAAUCGAUUUGGCAAGACAAUGACAUCAAUAUUGCCGGUAACUUUGUCGAUCUCGAGAUCGAAUUUCAUGCUGGCCAUGACGUUGUUAAGGACGUUAGCUUGCGAUAUGCUACACCGGAGUACACUGAGGGUGAGCGACGAGAAGAGGCGACUGCUGUCUUGAAACGCAACCUUGCGCAGUCGCCUCGAGACAGCGAGACAGGGAACUGGAAAUCCCUCCAGGGUUUCUAUGAGAAUUUGCAGUGGCUUGCAAAACUGGAUAAGCUUAGCCAAGAAGUGAAUUGUUUUGAGGCACUGGAGGGUCUUGAGGAGAACCUCAAGCGAAUCUGGGUGGAAGAGGGGAAGAACGGCAAAUAUGGUGGGGACUACGAGCAUCUCUGUUCUGGGAUCAUUGGCCGUCCAAGCAUGCACAAAGGAUCCCGAAUCGGACUUGGCUUAGAGUUCUGGGUCGAUCAGGCCAAGGUCUUGGAUGCCAAGGCAAAUAGAUCGUCCGAUGAAAUGGUGAUUGACGGAGAGGCCAAUGAGAUGGAAGACCAAGAACGGAUAUGGACUGUGAUGAUUGAGUGUGAAGAAGGAUACCCGUCCCUUCGCAUCUCCAAAGAGUGGAUAGGGACCGAGGUCUUCACAUCUGGAGAAAAAUCCGAGUCGUCACCAUCAGCUGAGACAGCGCGGUCUGUUGAAUGGCUUGAUCCUCCCCAGACCACGCAACUCUCGCAUGGAAACCACCCUGAUCCAAUGGCUCUUGACUCUAGUAUGCUGGAAUCAUCACCGCCAAAUCGUCGCUUUGUUGCCAAGUUAGAGCCUGCUCUUGACAUUCCCAUCCUCGCGGCGUCUGAAAUCUAUCGACACCUUGGAAUGCAACUACCACAUGAGUUCAAAAUGAUUACAUAUGAUGGUUUGUUGGUUUCAGAUUCCACAACGGCUGAGGCAUCACCCCAACCUGGCCGUCGAAAGCGCAGAAUGUCUGUGCAUUCUAUUGAUUCGACUGGCGCAUCUUACGUUAAACAACACAACUACACCUUUCAGGCAUUCGAAUCCGUCGCAGGCCGCAAGAUUCGUGAGCUCCCAUUUUCUCAUCCUCGACAACUCGCCGAUAUUCUCCCAGUAUUUCGUCAAUACGCUUUGCUUGCAAGUCUGAUUCGCAAAGUCUUCAAGUCUCCUGACCAGGAAAAAAGUGACUUGACAGUAUCUGCGAGAACGACACCGACAAAAAUGACUCCAACAAAAUCAAACCCCGGUCCAACCUCGGGCCGGGAUUCCAAUCUCUUUGGCGGCCCAGACAAUAUCAUUAUCCUCAGCAAUGAUGACCCUAAUGAAGAGAAGCUCAACAUGCUGCUCAGCAAUGGGCUCUCAACUGGUGAUGGUUCUAGCGAUGUUUUCUCGUGGUUCAACAACAGUCAAGAUAACCGACUAUUCGUAAACGAUGUCAAGGUGGACGUGACAUUACGUACCCAACUUGGACAAGCUCCGGCCCUUAUGCUGCUUAUCACAAACCCCGGCAUAAAUACCGGCAGUGGCGAGAAGUUUGUGCGUCAAUCAGUACAAGUUUCGCUCUGCUUUGAAGUUGGCCUCAAUGGCCGUAUUUCAGUGGUUGACAGUUCGGGCCUUGAUGCAACCAACGGUGAUCCGGGAGAUACCGAGAUGCAAGCAGCGGAUGAUAAGCCGAGCCUGCAGGAUAUCCACAAAAAGAUCGCCAGGGUCUUGGAGACUUCGCAGGACCUGGGCAUCCUGGUAGAAUGGGUCCUGCGGGAACGGCUCCGCCGGUGA